GUGUUCACACACACACACACCCACACCGCAAUGUCUCACCCUCGCGGGACUGGAGCAAUGAGAAGUGCACACACACUCAGUGUGUAUCAGUGACGGUUUAAACCCAGCCCUGUUUCUGUGCAGCUUUUAUUCCGCUGAAGGAAACGAGGCUUGAUUGUGAAUAUUUUCUCGGCAGACUGGAAAGCUGAGGCUGUGCCGCUCACCAGCUGCUCUCUCCCAGUCCUGAUGAACACCCAACUUUAUUGGAAAAUUUUGGAGUCUUGGGCCAGAAUAUGUUGAAUGCCAUUCUUCCUCCUUGAAGUGACUCUGUUGCUGCUAUAUUGGAUGCAGUUGAAAAAGCAGAAAAGGACUAGAUAUGCUUUCUCUUGCCCCAGUGGAUUAACCUAAUUGUGCAGAGAUGAAAGAGUGAAUAGGCCUGAAAAGCUGUCUUGCUCUGAGACAAAUACAAGUGGAUAUUAGAAAGAAAAAAAGUUGUUUGUGCCAUCAUUUCCUGGGUGGCCUAGUUGGUCAAGAAGAUGACGAGUUUGUUUCGGCGGAGCAGCAACGGUGGCUCUCGUGGAGGGGGAGGAGCAGCAGGAGCAGGUGGAGGCGGGGCAGGUGGAGGAGGUGGAGGAUCGACCACAGGAGAACUGAACAACAGUAGGCCUAACCGACAGGUGCGCCGGCUAGAGUUCAACCAGGCCAUGGAAGACUUUAAGACCAUGUUUCCCAGCAUGGACUAUGAGGUAAUCGAGUGUGUGCUGCGCUCCAACAACGGGGCUGUAGAUGCCACCAUUGACCAGCUUCUUCAGAUGAGCAUCGAUGACAAUGCCUCAGAUGACAGCUCAGACUCUGAUGACAGCAUUCCGCCUGAGAUUCUGGAGAGGACCCUCGAACCAGACAGCUCAGACGAAGAGCCACCUCCAGUCUACUCUCCACCCACAUAUGACAUGCACAUAUUUGACAGAAAAUAUCCAAAUGCCCCGCCUACUCCUCCUCCCAGGUUUGAAGUGCAGCCCUCAGUGGGACAGCAGCACACGCAGAGUUACAGGAACUGGAACCCACCGUUGCUCGGCAACCUGCCUGAUGACUUCCUUCGAAUCUUGCCCCAGCAGUCAGACAGUAUACAGAGCUCUCAAAGCAGUGUCCAUAAGCCAUCGUCCUCCCUGGCAUCACUCCCUCAGCCGGCUGCCUGUGUUGCUGGAGCAUCUGAACAGGAACGCAAGCUCAAACAGUAUCUGGAAGAUGAACGCAUCGCUCUCUUCCUCCAGAACGAAGAGUUCAUGAAGGAGCUGCAGCGCAACCGCGAGUUUCUCGUCGCACUGGAACGAGAUCGCCUGAAAUAUGAAUCAAAGAAAUCUAGGUCAGCUGGUAACUCUACAGGUGAACACUACAUUCCUGUAUCAUUUGAGGCAUGCACAGUGGUGUCAGAUGAUGCCCAGUUCAGAGACAAACUGAAGCACAUGGGAAAAUCAACCAGGAAAAAACUGUUCGAGAUCGCCAGAGGGUUUUCAGAAAAGACAAAACGAAGAAAGGCCAAAAGAAGGACCCUCCUGAGACAUCAUUCAUUGGGCACUGCCAACUCCACUGCAAAUUUGCUGGAUGAUGUGGAAGGAAACCCCUGCGAGGAGGAGAGUCAGCUCAGAAGAUUGGCCGUGCAGGAUGAGGAGCGACCCCAAAGGGAAGCACUUUCAUGAUCCCUGCUGUCACCUGGGAUAUAUAAAAUAUCUGUGGUGAAAGCAGAGGAACCCGUGGGCAGGCUGCCGCUCUGUCUCUGUGGUUCCAUGAUGAUGAUGAUGAUGAUGAUGAUGAUGAUGAUGGUGCGAGCCGGUCAUCCUCAGCUUCACCCACACAGUCUCCACUCCUACAGGUUUCCCUCAUCACAUGAAGGGACUAGAAUUCAAAAGCAGCAUUGUAACAAGUCUGAUUGUUAUCUGCAAUAUUAUUAACUGUAUAAUAACUCUUUGUUAAUAUAUGAUUUCAUAUGUAAAGCUGAACAGUAUUAAAUUUCUGUCUUCCCUGUAUAAUGGUUAAAAAACAAAAUCUCAAAUUGUGCAACUUCAGAUGUAUUCUUCCUUUGAUUAUUUAUGGUUUAAGAAGAAUUUGGCUUGUUACAUAUAAUUUUUUAUAUCUUUGCAAAAUAUUUAUGCAAAAUAUUUAUAUUUCUUCAAACAUAUAGGUUGACCAACCUGAUGGUUAUAUAACAUUGGAAAGUUUUCUAUGAUGUCCAAGAAUCCAAUCUAAUUAUACAAAAGGUUGCCACAUUUGCUUAUGUAAUCCAUUUGUAGAAACACCAAAAUGCCUUUUAAAAUAUGUACUACAUUCUGUCUGACUACAGUAUACCAAGGCAUAAAGGUUCAAAUGUUGUUGAAGACGAUGGUGCAGAACAAAUGGCCAGUUCAGCCUCUGUCCAAGUGCCCUUUUAUCCAGUAGACAUGAUCUUCUCCAGAUUCUCUACACAUCUAGAGAUGAAGCAUUCUCUUGCAUAGCCAAAUGAUGCUGUUACAGUGCUUAAAUAAUUAUUAUUGUCAAAAAGUAAUGUCCAGGUUUUACACAUGUACAGGGGAAAGGGCAACAAUCUGUGAAUGGACUUCGAUUUCUACUUGCACUGCCACUUGCAUUUCAUAUUUUGUAGUUUUCCUUCAGGAAAGCUAACAUUUUAAAAAGCCAGUAUUAGUUUGAUUCUAGCCAGUAAUACCUUCUCUCGAAUGUUGUAUAUGGAAUUACCUGACAGUUACAUUGAGGAGUUAAGUGCACAGAACAAGGUGAAGGUUGAUAUGUUAGUUUAUUGUGGUGUUGAUAUUUGACUAGAUGAUUUUAAUUCUGUUUCAAGCAAUGUGAUUUUAUUGUAAGGGGAGAGUAUGAGAAUGUGAUCUAGUUUGUUUUUUAGUUGAUGCUAGCAUAGCAGGUUCCUGUGUUUUCUAUUACGUCAUUGGUUUUCUGUGAAUAGAAUCACAGGAAUACUUUAAAUUGUAAUUUUGUGCUAUUAUGCAAUGGAAUCUUAGUAAAUGUUAUAAAAUAUUCUUGGGUUUUUGAGCAGAGAACAUUUUUCCGAACACUGUUUGGACCUUUAUUUUGUUAUAUAGCAUCUCGUUAUAUAUAGCAGGUUUUCAUUUAUGAGAUAUAAGUUAAUUAACUAAAAACACAAAUAUCAUAUGAACAGAUAUCCUAUGUGAUGUUUAAGAUAUGAAAAUAUCUAAUCCAAUACAGAUCAUUUGAAAUAGGGGUGGGACACUCUGAAACAUUAUCUGAAUAUUUUAGUUUUCGUUUGACAUAUUUUCAAAAAAGAUGUUAAAUUUAUUCUUUUCGCCUCAGGCGUUUGGUCUUGGAAAAAGUAGGCCGUCUUGUUUUUAAAAUUCUGAUAGCAUUAUACUUGUAUGUUGCUCCUCACUGUGUGAUCAUAAAUUCAGUUAAUCUCCCAUAUGAUUGGUGCACACUAACACGUUUAAUCUCUCAGGGAACUUGCUCUCAUUUAACAAUUUUGGUACAAGCACAGCUUCAGUGGACAUAGUAAUAAAUAGUAAACAAAAAAAAGCAGUUUGAAAGCUUAAUGUAGCACUGUCGGAUAUGCUUCAUAACGCAAUAAAAACUGUUAAUCUAACCAAAAGAUUUUUUAAAAAACAUAAUGUCAGUAUUUGAUGAUUCUUUUGACCUCCUUUUAGUAUGUUCUUGAAUUCAUGUCUAAAUUCUCACCAAAGUUACCUUUGGUCUUCAUAAAGGUUGAAGUUUGGUUGAAUUUACUUUAUAGAGUGGUCAAAGUUGUGCAGUAAUGAGUGGUGUAAUGAUCAAUACAGUGUACUCUUUGAGUGUUUCAUUUUGAUCAGAGUAGAUGGAAUAUUUUCUUAAUGUUAAACUGGGUUAGUAAAUUGACAUUGCUACGUAAAGUGGUUAUUAUUAUUAUUAUUUUUAUGGGAGAGUUACCUUUAUUUCUAAGACUAUAACUCUAUUUGCCCCACUAAUAAAUGUAAUGGUUCUAUAACCCAUCUUACUCUCAACACUGUCUCCAGACAGAAUGUUUUCUUACAGUUCCCAUUAUACUUAUUAGUUAUUUAAAAUGAAUAAAAAUUGUUAUAUGUU